UGUCUCCACCGCAAUAAAAGAAUAAAGAAUCCUAAAAACCAAAGCUAAACUUAAACAGAACAAUAGAAGAGAGAAAGAAAGACAGAAACCAUCAGUUCAAGAAACAAAGGAAAAGAGAGAUUCUUUGUGGUUUUAAUUACUUGUCAAUGGCCAACUUGUUAGCUUCUUCUUUCUUGGUUUGUAUCGCUGCCCUAUUCAUAUCGAUCUUGAUGAGCACAUCAUCCACCGUUCAUGGAAGUGGAGAACACCUGCACCACCUGGGAUGGAUACCCAUCAGAUCAUCCUGCAAAGGGUCCAUAGCAGAGUGCUUGGCCAUCGACGGCGAGGAGUUUGAGUUGGACUCGGAGAUCAGCAGGCGAAUUUUAGCAACCAGCAACUACAUCAGCUAUGGAGCAAUGCAGAGGAACACGGUGCCCUGCUCUAGGAGAGGAGCCUCCUACUACAAUUGCCAACCAGGGGCUCAGGCCAACCCCUACACCCGUGGCUGCAGUGCCAUUACAAGGUGCAGGAGUUGAUUUCAUUUUUUUAUUUUUUAUUUAUUUUCAAUUAGUGAUUGUUAAUUUGUGCUAUUGAUGAAAAUAUUGUUUCCAUAACUAUAUCUGAAUUUCUUUGUAAAAGGUUAUGGUUACUGUUCUCUCCCUACUUCUUGUUUUUUUCUUUUUUUUUUUUACAAUGCGUGUCUUAUGAUUAAUUUAUGAAAGGUCUGUUGUGAUUUAUUUUAUUUUAUGAAUGUAUGUUUUUAUUGAUAUAAAAAUAAAAUAUUUAAUUAA